CCUUAUCCUGUUGUGAGGGCGUGAUAACACAACGCAGGCUACACAGCGUCAGCGUAUCUCUCACGGGGUCGCGUGCGCUGCGUGGCGUCGCGUUCAUGCAUGGUGGGAGCGACAGACUCCGCGGCUUUGAGGAACCCGUCGGAACGGAGGCUAGCGUGCGCCCUCUUGGUACACGCGAUUGGCUCCACACUCCAAGGCCGACGACUGGCUCAUUCAACUGGUUCCUCUGGUCUGCCAAGAAUGAGGCUCUGCAAAUACAUGCCUCCUUUAAGGGAACCAGCAAUCGCUCUGCUUCGACGAGCAUGCCUUUCAACAGUGAUUCCAGCCCCUUGUGUUUUCUCGGAUACAACCCCAACAUCGCUGGCGCAGUCCCCUCCCCUUGAUCGAUUCGCCCCCGCCUAUCUAAAAUGCAACGGCUUCCCAUCGAGAUCAUGACCUACGUAACAAAAUCGCUGGACUUACACGACUUGUUCAACCUCAGCCUAGUUCGUUCCCAGUUAAGAUAUCUCGUAACAGACGACAAUAUUUGUCGGGCUGUGCUUGAGAUCAAUGCCCCAUACUCUGCCGACGUCCAAAACGCCUACUCCUCAAAGCAAUACGCCCGUUGCUUGCGACGACUAGUCAAGAUCCAGAAUGCUGUCGCCACCGCAGCGCCAUACUCCACCGCGAUCGUUGCUCACGCGGAUGACUUCAUGUACUGCGACGGCAUGCUUUGCUACACGCAAGGCUACGACACGCUCCGCCUCCUUCAUUUACAUGGAUCUGCGGACUCGGAGAUAGUUAUCGACAUCCGUCCGCUACUGUUGUCUAUUCCAGGACUAGCCAUCGAGGGUAGCGAGUUCAAGUUUCGACCAGUACACUUCGCCUGCGGGAUUAUAACCUGUCUUUACAGUACACCAAAGACAGGAGGCCAACGCCAUCUCAUCUUCAUAGAUGUGCAGCAAACGAGGCUUCUAACAGCCCAUCGUCUCGAAUCAACGUCCAAGCUGUUUGCACGCAACAACAGGGAAUGUCUCUACUAUGGCACCCACUCAGUGACUAGAGAUGACGGCUUCAAAAGAUGGGUUCUAAGGCGAUUCGACAUCUGCAAGGAACAGUGGGCUGCAGACCACUUGGUUCUCGAGGACCUAGUCGGAUCUGACAUCGGCUCUACCGUUUGCUUUGAAAUCAUCGAUAACUCUCAGCCAAUGCUUCAUACAUUCUCAUAACCAUUCCUGCGAAACAUUCAUCGACUUGCAACGACCCUGUUGCUUAUGGCUCCAAUAUGCGAAAGCUACAGUUACGUUCAAUAUCUCGUUUCAACCAUGCCAGAGACAACCACAGUCUGCAACGGUCAUCUGCGGACGGCUCGGGACAAGGGGCUCUCCAGCUCUGUACGCCUAAUACGAUAUCAUGGUGGCCACCAAAGCUCGAAACAAGUCAGGAUACCUCAUGCCCCCAAAAGUUGGACAACAUUCUCAACCCCAAAGACCACGAUAUAUACAGUCCUAUAUCAGGGGUCAUGGACGACCGCUCUAUGAUCUAUGCCGUUGAGCCACGGGCAUCCCAGAGUACGCGGCCGCUAAUAUUCAUCUCGUUCGAUCCCGCAAUUAGGCUUCUAAGCCUCGUUGACUGGCCCGGUGGCCCAACAAUGUCACUGCGGACUCAGCCGAAGACACAGGGAGACAAUGCGACAAGCGCCCGUCCCUAUCCCACACCGCAGUUGCUGCCGGCCUUGGCGCCCGCCUCAAGGCAUAUCUCUUUCAGUGAGGGGUCAUGUCCUGGACCAAGGCACCCAUCACCCGGACAGUCAGACGUCCGCUGCCCCGAAGCCCCAACUUGGAUAAGGAGAGCUCCUGCCGCGUACUUGCAGAGCACUUCCACUUCCGAAAACCCGUCAGGCUUCAACUUUGCACAUGUCCGGUAUCGUGAAGCUUGCUGAGAACCCGCGGAAACUUAUCACUGCGUUAUUCUUCGAUCAUCAAUGUCUCCGAGCGUAGUGGAGAAGGCGGGUUGGCCGAUAAGACAAAUGAUUUAGAGAAACUGUUACGAGCGCUCACUCGGAUCCACUCCACACAACACUCGGAUUACCUUAUAAUCAGUUGUCAGCCUGGCCUCACCCAGGAGCGACAGGGCUUGCAUAGAGGAUGGACUCAAACGCCCCCGGGACACACUUCCGUAGCUCUUCAGUAAUCAACUUUGUGAUUAUCGCA